AUGGCUUCUUCAAACGGGACUCAGUCGAGCUUCCCCUCACCAGAGGCCACGCCCCCAAGCUCGAUAACAAGAAAGGGCUUCAAAAUAAGUACCCAGAAACUACCAAUCCUUAAAGCUGGCCCAAUCGAUGAGAUGACGAGCAAGCUGGGCAUUGCGCCGCCUGAAAUGAUAUUUGGGGAUAACAUGGUUUCUAUCGAACAUAUACCAACCGGGUGGGGCAUUUCCUUUAAUGCAUUUGAUGCCCUGGAUCGCGUGGAUAAAACAGGAGCCUCGAUGCUCAAAGUGUCGUAUUCUGGCGAGUGGCAGAAGAGCAGAGAAACUGCCCACGAGGGCAUAAAAGAAGUGGUUAAGCCGUUCGACUGGUCAUAUACCACUGACUAUAAGGGCACUCUUACGCCGAACGGUCAUGAAUUUGAGCCGUCGUCUAGCCCCAUCCCGAUAGAGCAGCUGAAGCGGCCAGACCCGAUUCUUUUUUACGAUGACAUCAUGCUUUAUGAGGAUGAACUAGCAGAUAACGGAAUCACGAUGCUAUCAUGCAAGAUUCGCGUCAUGCCGACCUGUCUUCUCCUGCUCACUAGAUUAUUUAUGCGAUUAGAUAAUGUCCUUUUCCGGCUGCGGGAUACCCGUGUGUUCGUCGAUUUUGACACUGGUGAAGUGGUGCGGGAGUAUCUUGCGAAGGAGUGCGAGUACGAUAAAGUCCGGGAGGUGAUCGGUGGCUCUCGCAAAGACGUCCCAGCUAUGAUGCGGGAUCCGAACCACCUUGCGCAGCUAUUACCCAUCGUGGAGAGCAGUUUAGAACGAGUGGCCAUCGUCGUCAACAAGAUGCCUCGACCAGCUGCGAAGCGAGCUCGGGUCACUCGCAACGAUAACCCUCCUCCUCCCGCACCGCCCGCCAAAUCGAGUGCUACGCGCGGUAGGAAAGGAAGAAAGGUCUCUGGGAGGCAGUCUAAGGGUUCCGCGACGAAGUCCAAUACCACACCGAGAUCCAGAUUUGAUAUAAGCGGCGGAGCUGAGCUUUCCGAGGCCGAGGGACAAAGCGAUGAACUGCAAGGCCAGAGUCCAGGGAUGAUACGGAGAGAUCGCGAAAGAGGAAUGGCAAGCAGCCAAACUCCUGUUAGGGACCGACAUCAGCAGAUAAAUGCGCCUCCAUCAGGAGGCGUUGGGAUGGGUGCCUCGCUGCGGUUACAGGCAUUCCCGGGCAGCGCGAGACGGGGGGACAUGAAUAACAGAGGACAUACACCUGCCUUUGAGAGCUCGAUAUUAAGUGCAUUUCGCCCGCGCCCAAGGCAGCCGAGUAUUUUACAGCUUGUGGGGGACGAUUCUUUGGACCUAGGGUCGUCCGAGUUGGGCUCUGAUGAUUUACUCGGUAACUUUGAUCCGGAGGAUAUAUCUACACCACUGCCAGCAACGAGGAGGAAGACUUUGAACGAAGCCGAUGUCACUCCUACAACGAAGAAGAAGACACCAAAAUUCCCCCGUGUCACUGUUGAGAUUCCCGUAUGGCGCGGGGAUAUUCCUGAUGAUACGAUACCGGAUGAGCCAUCCAUCGCCGUUGACAAGACCCCAGAUGAGCCUUCUAUUGUAGUUGAUGAGGAUCCGGAUGAGCCAUCUAUUGCGGUUGACGAGAAUUCAGAAGAGCCUUCUAUUGCAGUUGAUGGGGAUCUAGAUGAACCACCUACUGCCGUCGAUCAAACUCCAGACGAAGCACCUGUUGUCGACGACGAAAUUCCAGAUGAACCGCCGGUCGUUGUCGAAACCCCAAAUAAACAGCCUAUUACCGCCGCCGAUGAAGUCGAGGAUGAUGAUGACGACUGUUCCUCUCUUACAUCCAUCGAUUCUCUUCCAGCAAUGAAUUUCACUAGCUCGCAAGGGCAGGAAUCCAGACGACAGACAAUGACGAUGGCACCCCCAGCAAGCAGCCUCGGGACUGUCACGCCUCCAGCUUCAACUCCCCAAAGCUCUGCAAACCAGCAAUCACAUCUCGCAGGCACUGGCACACAAUCCUCAAAAUACCCUCACCUAUCUACCACGUUACUACAAGACACCCUACUCCCCCAACGACGUAGCCGCCGUAAAGGCCUGGCCAAACAGAGAAGUAAACGCUCUCGUGCUGGAGCUAAGGAUUACGUUCUCUCUGCUCCAGGAUCAGAAGAUGAACUCAACUUCUCUGGAGAGCAGCGCGUCUUGGAAGACACAACGAACCAACGAAAGAACAAGAAACGUCCGCAUAACCAAACCGGGUCUAAGAUACUAGAAACAACGAAGAAUCCAAUACGGCCCAAGAGAGGACGCCCCAAGGCUGAUAUUACAGCAUCACAUCCAACCAAGGGUCUAGCAGCAAAGAAGACGUAUUCACGACUCAGCAACGCAGACGGAGAUGCGGACUGGGAUAAGGAGAACUUCCCUGAGGAGCCAGAGGUCCUGACCGGGAGAGAUAUAGCAGUUUCCAUCAUAAGUGACGAGCUGCUGCGACAGAAGAAGAAGUUUGCCGAGAUCGAUGAGUGGUCAAUUGACUUUGAAGAGGUCCCCGACGACGGGUUAUAUUAG